CAGUGUCUCCACCCCUCCUAGAAACCUAUGCAUUCUGCUGCAAGAAGCAGUGACCACCCCUCAUUUGCCUUGACCCCACUGUUUCUCUGUCUGGGUCCCAGUCUCCAAACUGUGCCAAACUGCCCCUAGCGACCCAGAAGCCUUCCUGUGUGACCUCACUGACCUUUCUCGUUCGGGCCGAACUGCCUGCCAUGGGGUUGGGUUGCUGGAGACCUGAAGUUCACAGCCCACUAGGGACAGCCUAAGGGCCUUUCUCUUUGGUGCCUGCUUCCCUCUAGAGGGGGGCACUGGUAGUGCAAGGAACGCCACACCCCCUCCUCGGCAUCUCCCCGACAUCUUGACAGCAUCAGCAUCCUCGUUUACAUUGCUUUUUUUUUUAUUUCAACAUAUUAAGAGGGUACAAAUGCUUUUGUUACGGGGAUACCUUGCUUAAGAGUACCCGUUACCAGAUUAGUGUUCAUUGUACCCAGUAUUUCUGGUGAAACAGGGGGAAGCUGCUUCCAUGGCAGUCUCCGAACGGAGCUAAUGGCUGGUAACAGCCCUGUCCAAUGAACUGGGCUCAAAUUUAAGAUCGGCUCACUCAACAAGAAAGCACUUCUACAGACAAAGGUGGCAGAGUAGAGGCUUCAACUCCUUUCCAUGGCAGCCAACCAAAGUUCGGCCUGGAAGAUCUUCUGUUUAUGCUGCAGAGAGUGUGAGGAGUCCUGCGUCAUCAGCAACUGCAAUGAUCCCAACCAAAUCCAAGGGCAUCAGCCACCAGCCCAUGAUAGACGGCUUCAGAAGAAUGUGCCUGGUGGACAAACCCCCGAGCAUGCUAAAGGAACCUCCCGCCUGCCUUCAGGACAACCCCUGAUCCGUCCAAAACAGACAGCUUCCUUAACCAGCAGUGAUUUUAAGGAUCUGUAUACACGAACUUCCUCGGGCAAUUUCUACAAGAGGAACCUAGAUCGCUACUCCCAGGAGCGCUGGCCAUUCCAGACGUGCUUCAUUGGGAGGCCCUGAGGCUUCUAGCUAACAGCACCCAUGUCGUUCACUGCAUACACUCGGCUGCAGAAGAGCCUCCCGGAGGAGAAUGGAGGACAUGGAGGAGGAGGAGGAGGAGAGAGGAGAGUGGACAGGAGUCAUGAAGACUGAUUCAGAAACUCCCCUGGAGGAGGAGAAGACGUCUGAGGCAUCCUUGUGCCACCACCAAGAGUCCCGCCAGCCCCUGAAAAAGCCACUGUGAGAGGAUCUGCCUCUAAUUAAAGUCCUUGGUCAGAGCAGA